AUGUUGAACUCACUUUCACUUCUUGUCGCCAUUUUGGUGUCGGUGCAGUGCACUGUUGCAGCGAGUGCACUAGACAGAAACGUUUUAGAUAACAAUUUACAACCCAAUGUGGUUCCCACUCCGCGCCGUCGCCUCGGCAACGUGGUACGCAUCAAAGAAGCCCCUCCUCCGACCGUCAAGCUGGAACCUGGACAGAGAUUGGUCCUCACGUGUGAGGUGAUGGGCAGACCCUUGCCAAGUGUACAAUGGCUGAAGAAUGGGGAACCUGCCGUUGACUAUGAAGACGAUACGAACGAAAUUCUUCCUGUUCAUCCAUCAAGCAUUGCAUUUCUGAUCAGCAAGCUAGUUGUGACAGCGGCGUCGAAUGGCGAUGUCUUUACGUGUGUAGCGACAUCUCGUGGCAAGCAGGACACUGCGUCUACUACUGUUCUCACCGUUGAAGGAAACAAUGAAGAAAACUUUGUGACUCUUCAAAAACUGUUCCGGCUGCCAUCCAAGCCCAUCAUCACUACUUAUUUGGAGAAUAUAUUCCAAAACAUGGGCACUGAUGUCGUUUUACCUUGCCGAGUUACAGGUGCUGCCAUCUGGCGACCUACUUGUGAGAAAUUUGCGGUGGUCGGACAUGGGCAAUUUCAGUUGCGUAGCCAAGAAUAUGUAUGGAAGAGACGUUGCCGAUACCUUCGUGUACCCUCUCAAAGUAGAAUAAAGCGCUUCGUACCGUUGCUUGACCAAACAUGUUACCCGCCGAAAAAUCUCAACGUUCCUACUCUUAGUGUUUAA